CUCAGCUUCACCGACUAAUUGCCUUCAGUCCCAGAGCCAUGGACGCGGCUUCGCGCGUUUUGAAGCAGCUGCGCGCGGCUGGGGAGAAAGCCGGUUCCGUCAACCUCGCCGACGUCCGGCGCUACCUUCGAGCCUGCAACGGCGACGAAGCCGCCGCGGCCAAUGCGCUGGCCGCCACUCUGCGGUGGCGCCAGAAGGAGCGCCCGGAGAAGGCGAAGUGCCAGGCCUGCAGCGCAGACCCGCGGAGCCACAACCUGCGCAUCGUGGGCGUCGACAAGAAGGGCCGGCCUGUGAUCUACACGUGCUUCAGCCAGGCCAUCAAUCGUUCCAAUCCCGCCCACGCCAUGCAGCACCUUACUAGGACUUUGGAGGAUGCCACCGCCAUGAUGUCCUCGAUGGCCGCCCGGGGCGCGGAAGUCGCGGAGAACUGGAUUCUCGUCAUCGACUUCUUUGGCUACUCCUGGCUGCUGGACACGGACCCCCGGGCCGCCCUCUUCGCGGCGCGGCUGCUGGCGCACUACCCCGAGCGCUUGAGCCGGUGCCUGCUGGUGGACGCGCCCGCGGUGUUCUCUGGCACCUACUCUGCGGUGCGUCGGGUGCUCAACGAAGGAACUGCCAGCAAGAUCGUCUUUGUGAAGUCGGGCGAUGCCUUGGCGGCGGACGUGGAGAGCUGGGCAUCUGAGCCUCUGCGGCACUGGCUGCUGGCGGAGAUGGAGGAGAACCGCCAGCCCUGGAGCCAGGAGGGGAGGAAGCUUUACUGGCAGCCGGCAGCCGGCCACGACCCGCGCGGCUGCGAGGACUUCCUCCGCAGCCCGGAGUUCGGCCUCACGCUGACCGCGCGCCUGGCGACACCGGACGCGCCGAAGGCGGCGCCGGACGCGAGGCCGCCGCAGCAAGCCCCGGGCACGGCGCUGACCGCCUCGGCCAAGCCGAAGCCGGCUUCGCCGCGGAAGGUGGGCGAACGCCGGUGGCCGGCGAGUCGAGGACUUGCCCUUUGGGCUGCGCUGCCGCUGAUGUGGUGGAUCCCGCAGUUGCUUUGGGUUUUGGCCGCGGGGCUGGCUCUGCACCUGCUGUGCCGGGGCGAGGUGGGCGAAACUCCUCAAAAGCAGCCCAAGAAACGCCGGGAGCGCCGGCCAAGCGAGCGCGAGCCUCCGGCGGCGCCCCCGCCGGCGCCUCCGCGCGUUGCUCCGCGCGUGGCUCAGCGCGUUGACCAUGAGCACCGCCGUGAGACCCGCGACCGGAGCUCGUGGCUUGUGUGGCUGCCGUGCUGCAAGCUGAGCUGAACUCGGCGACCAGCGAGGACUUGUUUGGGUCGGGGGU